AUUUGACACUCGUAAUAGCAUUCCAGCAAACACAAACAGUGGACAGGUCCUGCGACAGUAUCGCUCAGCUUCCAGCAGCUUUCCUACCGGCGGUAAAGCUUCGACGGGAAGUGAGAGAUGAUGUUUCUGACGGUGAAGUUGCUCUACUUUUCGAUCGUCUUCAAUGUUGUGUGCGGUCGAUAUGCGACGUCCACCACUGAUGCCGAACCGCACCAGCAAACCUUCCGCAUCACGCCGAACGACAUCGAGGCGGUGCAGGGCGACGAGGUGGUGUUGCGCUGCGAGAUCGAACACCUUGCCGGGCGGGUCCAGUGGACCAAGGACGGGUUUGCGCUCGGCUUCGGUAAUGAAAUCGUCGGAUAUCCGAGGUUUUCCCUGAACCAGAACCACAGCGACGGUGUCUACAAUCUGCGGAUCACCAACACUUCCUACGACGAUGCGGCCCUGUACCAGUGUCAGGUUGGGCCGGCGAAACACAACCAUCCAAUUAGAGCGCAGGCCAAGCUGACCGUCGUCGCAACACCCAAAGAUUUUCAUGCAAAAUUUGGCCGAACUUAGAAAGUGCUACCCGGAGGAAAUCGGAUACGAAAUACUACGUUCAAUUAGCAUUAUUGCAACUUUAAUGCGUUAACCGGUAAACACACCACCCGCCGGACGCCAAACGACGGAAGCAAAAUGAUUGAUGAAGCUUUUGCUCCCACUCACGUUCACAAUAUUAAUUCAUAUUAUUUCGCGGGAAGCGUAACAUAAUAGCGUAACACACCCCAGUGCGGGCAAAUUGAUGAAAGACAUUUCUUCGAAGCUUAGUAUUCGUGGUAGCCCUAGUUUCGUUUGCCACCGUUCGUCUUGCGUAAAUAUAAAUAUAGCAUCCCAAAAGCACGUGAUAGGCUUACUUUAACAUAGUAUUUUUUCUGUAUUCCCGAGAUCGUUUCGGUUUUAAUUUCAAUUCGGUUCAGCAUUACACAGCGGGUACAAAUGGACGGAUAAUCACGCAUCGUUUAUGUCACUGCGAACUGCAACAUCGAUAAUGAGCAACGGUGUACGAUAAACCAUAACGAAUCGGGUGCCGGUACACCGCCGUGCAAGCUGAUUAAUGGCAAAUGAUCAUGAUUAAAAUGUAA